CUUUCACACUAAACCAAAUAAUAUUUGCAUUUUCCAAAAGAAGAAAAAAAAAUAUGAGCAACCAUAUCGAUUCUACCCCUAAACCGAUCCAAACCGAAGAAGAAGGAGAAACGCGUUUGCGUUCGGAAGCCCUCAAGAUCGCAAACGCAGCCGCAUUUCCCAUGGUUCUGAAAGCGGCCUUCGAGCUCGGUGUCAUUGACGCACUCUGGGCGGCCGGUGAAGACGCGUGGCUCUCACCCUCCGAGAUAGCGAGUGGGCUACGCACGAGACCCACCAAUCCACAUGCACCGUCGCUGUUGGACCGGAUGCUUCGGGUGCUUACAAGCUACUCGCUCGUCAAGUGCCGCACCGAUCUGACCGGCGAAAACGGUCGAACAGGAAGAACCGGGAGGGUUUACGCAGCCGAACCGGUUUGCCGGUUCUUUCUGAACGGUGGUGAUGGUGACUCGGGUUCCUUCGUCUCAUUGGCCAUGGUGCUCCAUAGCGAUGUCAUGUUGAAGUCUUGGCAGCAUCUGAAGGAUAUAAUACAAGAGGAAGGAAGAGAUGCAUUCAGCUCAGCUCAUGGAGUGAGACUGUUCGAGUACAUAGGGGCGGACGAGAGGUUCGGCCGACUGUUCAACCGGGCAAUGUCGGAAUCCACAGUCACGAUCCUGAAGAAGGUUCUAGAAGUUUACCGCGGUUUCGAAGAUUUGAGCGUUUUGGUCGAUGUGGGAGGAGGACAUGGCACCCUUUUGGGCAUGGUCACUUCGAAAUACCCCAAGAUCAACGGUAUUAAUUUCGAUUUAGCCGGUGUUCUAGCCCAUGCUCCCUCCUAUCCCGGGGUUGAGCAUGUGGUCGGUGAUAUGUUUGUUGAUGUUCCAAAAGGAGAUGCCAUUUUGAUGAAG